AUGUCGGAUCCCAAAUACGGCCUGUCCAAGCACAUCUCACGAGGUCCCUUGGACCCCAAGGAGGCCCGAUGGACUAGACUGAUCAAGACGACGUAUCGGGACCCCAAUGGCGUUGAGCGGACGUGGGAGUCGGCGGAGCGGCAGACUCGCCCUGCAGAUUGCGAAAUCGACGGCGUCGGCAUUGUCACCAUCCUCAAUAAGCCGACGGGCCCCGAGCUCCUCCUGCAGAAACAAUACAGACCCCCCAUCGACAUGGUAGUCGUCGAGGUGCCGGCGGGGUUGAUCGAUGCCGGGGAGACGGUCGAGGAGUGCGCCGUGCGUGAGCUGAAAGAAGAGACGGGUUACGUGGGUGUUGCAGAGCAGACGAGCUGUGUUAUGUACAAUGACCCCGGUUUCUGCAACACGAACCUCAACAUGGUACAUGUCCGCGUGGACAUGUCCCUCCCCGAGAACCAGAACCCGAAGCCGCAGCUCGAGGACAACGAGUUCAUCGAGUGCUUCACGGUGCCCCUGUCGACGCUGUUCGAGGAGAUGAAGAAGCUCGAGAGCGAGGGGUAUGCCAUUGAUGCGCGCGUGGGGACGAUAGCAGAGGGCAUUGAGCUGGCGAAGCAGCUCAAGCUGUAG